UCUCCUCUGUUCCCCAUGGAGCACAACCCACUGCACUACCCUCAUUCGAACUCUUCCUCCUCUUCUUCUUCUGCUUCUUCUCCUUCCUCCAUUGCCGCUUCUCCACCGAGCUGCAGCGGAGGCGCAGUUGCAGCAGCAGCAGCCGUUGCAGCCAACAAGAGGAGGAGGGAAUCUGCAUCAUCUGAAGAGGAUAUUAAUGGCGGCGCCGGCAAGGGGGCGUGCUCCUACCGCGGGGUGCGGAUGCGGAGCUGGGGCAGGUGGGUCUCGGAGAUCCGCGAGCCGCGGAAGAAGACCCGCAUCUGGCUCGGCACCUUCGCCACCGCCGAGAUGGCCGCGCGCGCGCACGAUGCCGCCGCGCUUGCCGUUAAGGGCCCAGCCGCCGCCGUGCUCAACUUCCCUGAUCUCGCCCCUCGCCUCCCCCGCGCAGCCUCGGCCUCCCCCGGCGACGUCCGCGCCGCGGCCGCCCUCGCCGCGGUCUUCCCCGAUCACAAUGGCCGCGGCCACGACGACCCCCACGACGGUAAGGUCGACGGCGCCAAUGGCGACGAAGAAGGACUCUUCGACCUCCCCGAUCUCUUUCUUGACAUAAGCCACGAAUUCUGCUACGAUUCGUUGUCAACGUGUCUGCCGACGUCCUGGGUCGCUGCCGGCGGCCAUAUAGAGUUUGCGGCGGCGGCGGAGGCGGAGCAAUUCUUGAAGAAGAAUCUCCAGUACUAUGAGAUUUCAACAAAGAGCAAUUAUAAUUUUGAGAAGUCAUUCCUUUAUCUUGCCAGAAAACUUGCAGGGGACCUUAACCUUCACUUUGUCGAAUCACCUGCACUAGCACCUCCUGAAGUUCAGAUUGACAUGGCUGCACAGCAACAGUAUGUUCAAUUAUAUGGCCCUGCGGUGCCGCCGGCCUGCAGUGAACAGGGCCAUGUGGAGGCGCCUGGGGAGCAGCCGCUGGCGGAGCACACACCUGGGGAGAAGGUGCCGGCAUACCAGGCGGCGUGGCGUCAAACAGAAGAGAAGAGGGAGGAGAGGAGCAUACCAGAGUCGCCUGUUGCUGAUCACCGAGAACGGGAGAGGACAUGA